AUGAGUCUUUCUCAAAAGGUGGAUCCCGAUACUUUACCGUACUAUAAUCGACAUGCGGAUAGGAAAAUUGCUGUUAUCACUGGUGGUAACAGUGGCAUAGGUUGGUAUACUGUUCUACAUUUGUAUAUGCAUGGAUUUGUUGUUUAUAUAUGUGGGAGGAAUUCAAGUAAAGUUAAUAAAGCCAUAAAGGCGAUAAUGGCAGAAGCCAAAAGAAGAAGUGAACUUAAAGGUAAAGAAAAAAAUGAAGCAAAAGUAGUGCAUGGCUCUUUGCUCUAUAUUCAUGCGGACUUGACAGACCUGAAGUCUGUGGAAAGAGCAGCAGCUAAGAUAAUGAAAAAGGAGACCAAAAUUGACGUUUUGAUCAAUAACGCAGCAGUAAUGGCACAGCCUUAUGAGGUUACCAAGGACGGGUUCGAAAUUCAAUUGCAGACCAAUUACAUUUCACACUUUCUUCUCUCUAUGAAGCUGCUACCUCUGUUGCGAAAUUGCGACUCGCAACCUCGACUGAUUACGCUAUCAUCGCUGGGUCACAAUCUACAGUUCAAAUACUGGAAUUUAACUCAAGAUUGGAACUACAGACCCAACAUGAUUUUCACCUGGAUGAGAUACGCGAUGGCAAAGACUUCGUCCAUCCAAUUCACAAAAAUGAUGGCAAUCAAAUACCCGGAUAUUCUUUGUUUCUCCAUACACCCUGGCCUCGUUAUGAGCACUAAUCUUUUCAGUUACUGGACAAGAUUGCCCUUGGUAGGAAUCUUCUUCUGGAUGUUAUUCCAAAUCGUAGGUUUCUUCUUCGGGGUAUCAGAUGAGCAAGGUGCAAUGGCAACAAUAAAAUGUGCUCUAUCGAGAGAUUUUUCCAUCGAAGAGGAUAGCGGCAAGUAUUUCACAACCGGAGGUGUCGAAUCUAAGCCGAGUUUUGUAGCCAAUAAUCUCGAUGAUGCUGCCUCGACGUGGAUUUGGACCGUACAUGAAUUAAGGGACCGCGGGUUUACACUCUGA